AUGCGUCUGAUCAUCCGUGACGACGAGACCGAGGCGUGCCGGUAUGUCGCCAAUUACGUCGUGGAGCGUAUCAACGCCUUCCAUCCCACGCCUGAGCAUCCCUUUAUCCUGGGAUUGCCCACUGGCUCUAGUCCUAUCGGUGUAUACAAUGAGCUAGUGCGCAUCUACAAGGCUGGACAAGUCUCGUUCGAGAAUGUAGUCACCUUCAACAUGGACGAAUAUGUCGGUCUUCCUCGAGACGAUCCCAACUCGUACCACUCCUUCAUGUGGAAGCACUUCUUCUCCCAUGUCAACAUCCAUCCUUCCAACGUGCACAUCCUAGAUGGCAACGCUGCCAGCCCCGAGGCUGAGUGUGAUGCAUACGAGGAGGCUAUCAAAGCCGCCGGUGGCAUCGACCUGUUCCUUGCUGGCAUUGGUGAAGAUGGACAUAUCGCUUUCAACGAACCUGGAUCCAGUCUUGCCAGCCGCACCAGGGUCAAAACAUUAGCCUACGACACCAUCCUUUCUAACUCACGUUUCUUUGAUAAUGAUGUAAACAAAGUGCCAAGGAUGGCCUUGACUGUAGGCGUCCAGACUGUCCUUGAAGCAAGAGAGGUUGUUGUCAUUAUCCUGGGAGCUCGCAAAGCACUUGCACUACAAAAGUGUGUCGAACAGGGCGUCAAUCACAUGUGGUCACUAUCAUGUCUGCAAAUGCACCCGCAUCCCAUGAUUGUCGUCGAUGAGGAUGCCACAUUAGAGCUACAGGUCAAGACAUACUUCAAGAGUAUCGAGAAGGUUGCUCGCGAGCAGGGAUUCGAGCAGAUUCUCCCCUCAAAAGUACGAACUGGCAACGUCGCCGUCCCCGAAACCAAGAUCCAUAGAACCCAGAGCCCCGUUAUAGUCGCUCCCGAGCCUAUCGCCUCGCAUCUUUUGCGCGCAACACCUAUGGGUGACUACUCUAUGAGAACACCCUCACCCGACCUGUUGCCGGAUCGUAUGGCAUCGCGCAUCCCGGAACCAAACUUGAACCGCAGACUCACACCGAAUCUUGAGGUUCAAACCGACGUUCCUAAGACAAAGUUCGAUAUGAUUGAUAGCGCGGUCGCUAUGUCUCCGGAACUUAUCUCUGAUUUGCUUCAGCCGCCGGCAACAAAGACGAUGCGGUCUCCUUCUCCUGACCUAGUUCCGGAUCGCAUGGCUUCGCGUAUCCCUGAGCCAAGUCUGAACGGCAGAUUGACGCCCAACCCCGAAUUAUAG